GUAUCAUUGCAUGUACUUGGAAAGAAAUAAAUUAAGGUCGCCGUGUGAUUGUUUUCAUUUGUCAAUCGUAAGUUAAGUAUUGUUAUUUAGUGAAGUACAUAAAAAAUAUUUAAUAAAUUGUAAACAAUGGAUAAUAGUGGAGAAAGUGGAGAUGAUACUAAUCCACCAGCAACGUCAUAUUAUACCAGCAGUGGAAUGCCUGCUAAUUACGUUGGAGUUCAAUCAGAUGAUCUAGAAGAUGAUCCAGAGAAUACUGAUGAUUCAAAUCACGGGGGAGGCGAUCCAUUACACAGUGGAGGAAGUGGUGGACCUGCUGGUCCAUUACGUGAGCAAGAUCGUUUUUUACCAAUAGCAAAUGUAGCUAAAAUAAUGAAAAAAGCAAUUCCUGAAGCCGGAAAAAUAGCGAAAGAUGCCCGCGAAUGUGUACAAGAAUGUGUAUCGGAAUUCAUAUCAUUUAUAACAUCAGAAGCUAGUGACCGAUGUUACAUGGAAAAACGUAAGACAAUAAAUGGUGAAGAUAUUUUAUUUGCUAUGACAACACUAGGUUUCGAUAAUUAUGUUGAACCUUUAAAAAUUUAUCUACAAAAAUAUCGUGAGGCAACAAAAGGUGAUAAUCCACAAGGUACAGGUGCACCUGCCGGUAACGGAAAGACUGAUGCAUCGAAUUCAGCAAUUUAUGAUGAGCAAGUAUACGCUAUUCCAAACACAUCAGAUACUAUUAUCUAUAAUUACUCGGGACCAGACCAGAUGCAGUUUCCACUUUCUUGAUCUUCUGAUGAAUCUAACGACUCGUGGUCUUGCCUGGAGAAGUGAAAAAUUUCUUAAAUAUAUGUAAUAUGUAAUUUUAAUCCAUCUAAUAUUUGUGAUUAAUUAUUAAUAUUUAUGUUAUUUUCAAUUUAUAAAUCAAUAAUAAAUCAAAAGAAAAUAUAAUUAUUUUAUUAAUAA